AUGGACGUUUUAGAAAAUUAUUAUUCACUGAAAGCUGUUGUGCGUUCUGCAAGUCAACAUUUUACUAUCGCUAUAAAUAAAGGAACACAUUGGUUGUAUUUUGAUGAUAUCUGCAGAUCAAUUCAGCAAUAUUCCACUUUUCAAAACCUCUUGAUUGCCCAUGCCAAUGGCUGGUAUUUUGCUGUCUAUGAAAAGUCUGCCAUUCCAUUCAUUGAUAGCGGUAAUGCACAUGCAGCUGUGAACCAAUCUAAGUACACCCAAGAAUACCUCACAGGACAUUCAGUGCCAAAAGUACUCAUUAAUGAUACUUUAACAGUGCCAUCAAACAAACACAUUGCACAAGCAAAACAAAAUGCAUACAUGAAAGAAUAUCGAAAGAAAAGAAAAAGUAAUGAAACUGCAGAAGAACAACUUGCCAAAAAACAAAAGCAAAAUGCUUACAUGAAAGAGUACAGAAGGAGAAAGAAAAAUAAUGAAUCUCAAAGUGAGACGCUUGCUAGACAAGGAAAGCAAAAUAUAUACAUGAGGGAAUACAACAGGAGAAAGAAAAACAUUGAAACUGAUACCAAAAAAUUUGCAACGGAAGAAAAACAAAAUACAAACAUGAAGGAAAAUCAUGAAAAAAGUGAAAAACAACUUGGCCUAAAACAGAAGAAAAAUGCUUACAUGAAAGAGUACAGAAGGAGAAAGAAAAACAAUGAAUUUCAUAGUGAGAAACUUACUACACGACGAAAAAGCAAAAUAUAUACAUGAAGGAAUACAACAACAGAAAGAAAAGACGUUGCAACUGGUAGCAAAACAAUUUCAAGAGAAGAAGAACAAAAUACAGUAAUGAAAGAAGAUCAUGCAAAAAGUGUUCAUGGUGAUUUUAAAAUGCAAGCAAAACUUAUUAGAGAAGAAAAAACAAAAUACAGACAUCAUGGAAAAUCAUGCAAAAAGUGUUAACAGUGAUUUUAAAAUGCAAGCAGAUCAAAAUGUAUUUAAAUGUUUUGUGGAGAAGGAAAAAUAUUUGUCUUUGUUUGAUAGUCAAACAAAUGGACCAAUUCAUUUACAGGAAUGGGCUAAAAAAAAAAACAUGCGAGAUUUCCAUAAUUCUUUGAAAUUCAAAAUCUAUAAAUGCAACAUCUGCCAUGAAGCAUGGCCAUUGUCAGAAAAAUGUAAAGAUGAAUCUACAUAUGUGUGCUCUAGGUGUUUGCGUGACAAGAAUGCAACAAAAAAGUUUUCAGUUGACAAUAAUAUGAUACCUUCACAAGCACCAAAAGAACUGCAGGGACUCACACAAUUAGAAGAAAUGCUUAUAGCACGUGUAUUUCCAGUAAUAUCUGUUUAUACAAAACCAGGGGGCAAAAGGCAUACAAAGGCCACUGUAUUAAUUUUUCCCAAGAUAUUCAAGAGCUAG